AGAACGUUACUUUAAAGCAUACAAAUUGUUAAGAUAAGCAUACACUGAUGUCUGACGUAUUAACACAUCAUUUGUUACAUUACAUUUUUGUAGUAUUCGAGUUGAUAGCUAGUCGUUCCGCUGGUUCAACAUGGCAAACACUAUCACCGAGUGGAUAAUACAAACAAACAAUUUGAGUGAAUUAUGGGCGGCGCAACCUACAUAUAUCAUAUCUCAGACUGUCUAUAUCAUAGCAGGCCUCAUUACAUUAAUACAUGCAUUCAGUAAAGGCGGACGAUGGCCGUACUUCUGGCUAGGUACAGUCCUCCACGGCCUGUUCACGGAUAACUUUUGGCAUUUCGUUUUACCAGAAUACGAUAAUUUCUGGCAUUCACAAACACCAAUAAUAUUCCUCGGUGCCAGAUUACCUUUGCAUAUUAUUUUAUUGUAUCCGGCGUUCAUAUACCACGCUGCGUAUGCGCUAUCAAAACUCCAUUUGCCAUUUUACGCGGAACCUUUUGCUGUGGGUUUGGUGACUGUACUUGUUGACAUACCGUAUGACAUCGUCGCCGUGAAGUUUGUCCAUUGGACGUGGCACGACACCGACCCCAACAUAUUCGACCGUCACUACUGGGUGCCUUGGAACUCGUAUUACUUUCACGCCACUUUCGCUGCAAGUUUCUUUUUCUUUUUCCACGUUAGCAGGAAAUGGUUCGCUCCUAAAGUCGAGCAGUGGCAAUCUGCAGGAAAAGCCGCUGAAUGGAAAUCCUUGAUAAUCUCAUCUCUCUUAGGCAUGCCUGGCGGUGUACUAAUGUUCGUGCCUAUUUAUCAUCCGCUCCACGAUGUAUAUAAGAUACAUUCAGAAGUUACAUUCUUCCUUCUCCUUGCUAUCUUUGGCGUUAUCAUUCUCAACGGAAUUUUGAGCAAGCGAAAAGAGAAUACAGACAAGUUAACGACAUUCGAUUACAUACUAAUGCUGCAGUUAGCCGUCCAUUAUUCAAUUUAUUGGAUAUUUGUUGUAUUCUUCGACCCCGAGAAGGAAGUAUCCAAAGGUUUACAUGAGCCAGUAGGUCCCUGCAACGAACGAGCCAGUCUGGUAACGCCCUUUGGACAGACGUUGUACAAGUCCAAGUACUUUUGUCCUGAUAAAUACGACGAGGCGUACUUCGAUUUCCAUUGCGUUGGUGGUAAGAAGCCACAAAACGGUGAAACUUGGUAUACCAUCUGUGGAACGCCUUUUGAAAAUCGUGCGGAAUAUAUCACAGUAUUGUCGACAAUUCUGAUCGUCGCAGCUGGAGUUUUCUAUGGACUUUAUUUCAAGACAAUACGUCAACAAACAACAACAACUAAAAAGUUAAAAUCAAAGUGA